CACCUCAUCACCAAAAGCAACAGAGCUGAUGGUUACCUCCUCUCUAACCCUACUACCCCCCAACCCCCUCUAUUUCCUUCCAUUUGCACACUAUCUCUUCCUCACCAUUCCUCAAUGGGGUGGCUCCACUCCCUCUUCUCCCCUCUCAGGAGGCUCUGGGUUUGCGCGCAUUCGGAGCGCAGGAACCGUAGGGGAAUGUAUAUCUUGUACAAGGAUGUUCAGUCCUGCCAGGAUGAGGAUGUUCAUGUCCUGUGGUCGAUCCUCAUCGACUCGCACCGUCAUCCGGCUCUCAUGAAGCUGAAGCUCUGAAGUUUGAGGCCAUGGCAUGAGCAGCAAAACUUCAGAACUACUUUGUGUAGAGACUAAGGGAAGGGUUUUCCUGAGAAGUCAUUCUAGGGUGUGGUUUUUGGCUUUGAUGAUGAUGAUCCUCAUUGGCCAUUGUCCUUGCAUUCAUGCACUCCAAAAAAGAAAUGAGAGAAAAAAAUAUCGAGGUUUGUUUAUCUUCUUUCUCGGUGUCCGAUUCGCAUCCUGUAUUAGUGAAUGUGAAAUUCGGUCGUGUGCAUCCUUAGUUGGUGCGGAGGCUAGGAGUUUCGCUUCCAUCGUCGAAAAAAAAAGAAAGAAAAACACCCAGUGUGGGUGAAAUGUUGUUACCUGUGAGUGUCAUGUGUUGAGGUUGAUAAAGAGUGUGAGGCUGAGCUCAUUUGUACAUACAUACAUACUUGAAUACUUGCUCAAAUGCCUUACCCUUGAUUGUGGUAUUGGAGAUAGGUUGGUAGAGUGUAUCUGUCUCUGCUUUUGGUUAUAUAAUAAUUUAAUAGCCUGUCAAUUUCUUGUU